AUGUACCUGAUCACUGUGUUGGGAAACCUGCUCAUCAUCCUGGCCGUCAGCUCAGACUCCUACCUCCACACACCCAUGUACUUCUUCCUCUCCAACCUGUCCUUGGUAGACAUCUGUUUCACCUCCGCCACAGUCCCAAAGAUGCUAUGGAACAUCCAUACACAGAGCAAAGUCAUCACCUAUGAAGGCUGUAUCACCCAGAUGUAUUUUUUCAUAUUAUUUGGGGGACUGGACAACUUCCUCUUGACUGUGAUGGCCUAUGACCGAUUUGUGGCCAUCUGUCACCCCCUGCACUAUAUGGUCAUCAUGAACCCUCGGCUCUGUGGACUUCUGGUUCUGGUGUCCUGGAUCACAAUUGUCUCCUUAUUUUAUGGAACAAGCCUAGGAGUGUACCUCAGCUCUGCUGCUACCCACAGCUCACACUCAAGUGCAGCAGCCUCAGUAUUGUACAGUGUGGUCACACCCAUGCUGAACCCCUUCAUCUACAGUCUCAGAAACAAAGACAUAAAAGGGGCCCUGAAACGAUUCUUUGGGAUGGCAGCUAUAAAAAAACAGCUGUGCUGA